AUGUACGAAAAUAACAAGAAGUUCAAUUUACUUUCUCUGACAGAUCCGGAGGACGUCUUUGCCCUAAAGGAUCUUCAACCGCAACUACAAUCACCUUUAUUUGGGGUCCUCCUCCCUGAGAUUCGCAAAAUGAUCUUCACUUUCGUGCUUACCGAUUACGAAAGGACUAUGCUUAGUGCUGACGGAAAGAAGAAGAAGCUGUAUUUCCACCAUUGCAUUCACGAGCAUUCCAGACGCACCGAUACGGAAUUUCUACGCACUUGUAAGCGUAUAUUCCAAGAAACAUGGUUCAUGCCUUUCGCUUUUGCUAAGCAUGGACUCGUCGAUGGAUACUUUAAUUACCUUUGCUGGGAGGAACCCCAAAUUAAUUUUGAGUGGGAAACUAUCGCAGUAUAUCUCUCGUCAGUGAAAGACUUUGCUGAAUCUCGUCGGCUUGGAUCAUAUCUCCCACAAAUUGACGGAUUUCAGCUCUUUCUGGGAUCGGCAGAACUCAGUGAAGCACUUGGAAUGGGAUUAUAUCCGCAAGUUAUUGAUGAUAUCAUCUGUUUGCAAGAACAUCGACCAAAAAUCAUCACAAUCACAAUAGACUACGCUAAGGACUCCCCGAAAUUUAUUGAAGCCAAGUGGGUGAACGAGGUCAGAUUUUCAUCAGCAGUCAAAAUCAUCGAAAUGGAAUUUCGCGCACUGUGGAUCAACAAAUACAUGUUAGCCUUGAUUGCAAAUUUUGUCGCCAAAAACUGGUUCUUCCGUCGAGAAGAUGGGGUAGUUUUGAAGCCAGUCACAAUUGAAAGAUCACUCAGGUAUCUAGCCCGGGCCGACGAUGCAAGAAAGGAACGUGAUUUUUGGGGACCAGAACCAGUAUUCAGAACUGAAAGGAACUAUCGUAUGCUGAUCAACACGAUUACCUACAAGCCUGUGCCAGGCUUUGACCCUUUCAUCAAUGGUUAUGAGUGUCCCGACCUUGAUCUAUGA